AUGAUCAUAAUCAGCAUAGAAAAUUAAAAAAAAAAGCAUAAUCGAAGGCUUUAGAUAAUAAAAACCAAACUCCAAAAUACCCCAAAAUGGAGAUAUCUCUUACUGACUGAACUUAAUUCUCUCAAAUAUAAGUCUACCAAGGCUUAACUCCUCUACAAUACCAAAAUUAAAAUCCAGAAAAGUACCAAAUACUCUUAAAAUUCUUUUGCUUAAGAAUUUAUCAAGCUAAAAUCCUAUGAGAUAUGGCAUCUGUUUUAAAACCUUAAUCCUACCUUUGGAAUUUGCAGUGAGCAACCUAAUCUAAGUAUACCUACUGCUGAAAUUCAGAAUAAGGAAUUACCGGUUUAUCUACACAUUAUAGUUCGCACAAGAAAUACACUAAGUGUCAAAGGGGCUGAUCCUCACUUAAUUCUAUUAUAAAAAGUUCCGUAAACAAGAAAGCUUCUUGGGUCUUAUACCUCAUAUAUCUACUUACAUUAAUUCAUUUAUUCCUAAAACUUUAUCAUCUUCUUAUCCUGCUUUCAUUCCUAUGCUCUACAAACAUGGACUCUAAGGCUAUCCACUACUCAAUCUACUUAAGAGUUUUAAACUUCUCAACCUUUUCUAAGAUUAUUCUUAAGUUAUAAAUCUUGGUUUUCUGAUUGUUACGUAAUAGAUUUUUAUCAAUUAUAUUAUUUUGAUGAUAGGUUUGGAUGCUUUAAGAAAAAGAACCGUUUUAUAAAUUAAAAUUAAGAAAAAUUGAAAACCUUAUUCACGAUUGGAUUAAAUUUUGAAGCAAUAUAAAAUAAAAAGUUUGACAUAAUUUCUUGGGAUAUUAGAGGAGAAAAGAAAUCUUUGUAAAUCUUCCUUGAAGAAUAGUAAAGGAAUAAUUUAUACUUUUGAUUGUUUUGAAAAAGAAAGGAGGGCAAGAGAAAUAUUUGAAUUACAUCAAAUGUUGCUUGAUCCUUUACCCCUUUUGAAAUAUUCAAAUAAAUAAGACCUAGAAAAAUAAACUCAGAAGAAUUGGCUGCUGAAUUACAGAUAGAAAAAAUUUUCUACAAAUUGGCAUUUUAACUAUUUUGUGCUAAUACUGGAAAAGGACUUUGAGAAGACCUAAAAUGGGUUGAAGGAUCAGAUUAUCCAAAAAAAUUUAAAAUGA